AUGGAUCAUUUGUAUGUAGUAGCAAUAUUAUUUUCUGUGUUAACUCUGUCAUUGUCCUCCAUUUUCUGCUACUUGAAAUCCUUCCUUAAAAAAUCUCCUCAUUUGCCACCCGGUCCACGUGGGCUUCCAAUCCUCGGAUAUUUGCCGUUUCUCGGCAAAAAUUUUCUCCAAACUUUCACCGAUUUAGGACACAAAUAUGGUCCAAUCUUUAAGAUUUAUCUCGGUAACAAACUUUGUGUUGUGAUAAGUUCACCAUCCCUUGUGAAAGAGGUGGUUCGCAACAAAGACGCGAUUUUUGCUACUCGUGACACUACCGUCGCGGCACUCGUUUCCUUUUACGGCGGAAAAGACAUAAUUUUCUCCAAUCCCAAUUCCCAUUGGGUUUUGAUGAGAAAAAUAUUUAUUCAAGAAAUGAUGAGUCAAACGAGCCUCGACCUCGAGGCAUCGAACGCUCUCCGUAAGGACGUGGUCAGAAAGGCCGUCAGAUUCGUGCAAGCCAACAUGGGGAAGCCCAUUCAAAUUGACCAUUUGACUUUCCAAACAUCACUUCAUCUCGUGACGAACAUGAUGUGGGGCGGGAUAGUGGAAGGGGAACUAGGCGCAAAAAUCGAAGCAGAGUUCUUUGUCCUAGUCUCGAAGAUUCUCGAUUUGUUGGGAAAGCCAAAGGUUUCUGAUUUAUUUCCAGUUCUUGCCAGGUUUGAUAUGCAAGGUAUAAAGAGACAGAUGGAGGGUUACAUGCAAUCCGCGGACACGAUUUUUGAAGCCGUUAUUGCAUAA